GACUGAGCGGGAAGCAGAGCGAGAGGCUGCGCGUGCACGAGAUCAACGAUAGGCUAAAGAUGCACGGGCAAGAAGACGUGAAUACCAACGGCGGCUUAAUUUCUGCACGAAACACAACGCGACCAUGACUUAUCUAACAGUCACUGACAUCUACUGAACUCCACAAGACUCCUGCGACUGUAAUGGGUAGUAAACUCACGAUGGAGCGACUGUCUGCCUCCAUCGUGUCACCGUAAAGGCGGCCAACAGGCACCUCAGUACGUCGCCCCGUCCUGACUACCAAGUCUGGCUUUGUCUCAUGUUCCGAACUUUUCCUUCUUUUUAUUGCCCGAAAGAAACUGACAGAGAACACGUGGAAGUAGGAGAAAGGACGCAAAACGACGUCAUCUGUAAGCGACGAGAACUCGUGACCCCGCCCACUCACCCGCAAAGGCUUAGUGUUAGGAAUCUCGUCUCUUGGACUGCGUGGACAGCUGUGUGUGGCACGCGUCUGCAAAAAGGAAAGAAGAGAAAGACGGGAGAGAAAGAGUAUCGAUAGAAAGGCGCCUGCUUCCCAGUUCUUAUGGUUUUCAAUGGCCUCCAUGUCAGGGCUGUCCAUGUGAGAAGAGAAGGCACUUGGGGAAGAGAAGAGUUUUACACAGAGUACGGCCACAGGCAAACAAGUUGGCAUGGAUGAAAGACUGGAACACAUUAAGCAAGAGGACUGUGAGUGGAAUGCACCAGAGAAUUUGUGUUUGAAGCUCGAAGAUUGUGAGGGAGGAAUUUCAGGUUUUAAAGAGGAAGAGUCUGAGGGGGAACUGGUUCAGGUUAAAGUCGAGGAUCCGGAGCACUUUUCAGUUAGUUGUGAAGUGGACAACCAUGAAACUGGGCACAUCUUCAAGCAAGGUUUUUCUGAAGAAUCGCACUCCAGUUUACCACCAUGGUUCGGUAACUCAGGACAACUACCCACCCAGCCCAAUUCUAUGGAGAUGAAAUCUGAGUUAUUUGAGCUUGAGGAAAAAUUCAAUAAAGGAAAUGUGAAAAAAGUAGAAGAGCAACAACCAUCUGGGAGUGCUGGAAUAAAUUUCCAGGAGAAUGGCAUUGUCUUUCCUGAACAGAAUCAGAACAACUGGAAUAUAAAUAAAUUAACAAAAGAAUCAGAGAAUUUGACAACAGCCUCUUUGCAGUGCAGUUCUUUUUCUGUUGUGAGUCAAAUACAGACAGAAGCCUUUGGCACUGACCAACAAGAAGUUCAUAAUACAGGUGAAGAGGUCUUGUGUGCGGAAAAACAUGGAAAAACUUUCAAAAACAAAUCUGAUUGUAAAGACCACAAGACGAACCUCACAAGAGUGAAAUCUCAUUGCUGUUCUGAAUGUGACAAAAGAUUCUCCCACAGUAGCUCCCUUCAUAAACAUAGGCGAAUUCACACUGGAGAGAAGUCAUAUUGCUGCUCUGAAUGUGGCAAACGAUUCUAUGAGAGUGGCUCUCUUCAGAAGCACAAACGAAUCCAUACAGGAGAGAAGCCCUAUUGUUGUUCUGAAUGUGGUAAAAGAUUCCUCUGUAGUGGCAGUCUAUACAACCACACAAGCCUUCACAAAGGAUUGAAGCCAUAUUGCUGUUCUGAUUGUGGCAAAAGAUUCCCUUACAGUAGCCAUCUUCAGAGACAUGCAAGAAUUCAUACUGGAGAAAAGCCAUUUUCCUGUCCUGAAUGUGGCAAACGAUUCUCAGACAGCAGCUCUGUUCAGAAGCACACGCGAUUUCAUACUGGAGAGAAGCCAUAUCAUUGUUCUGAAUGUGGUAAAAGAUUUCCUUAUUACGGUAGUCUUUACAACCACCUAAGUGUUCAUACAGGAGAGAAGCGAUAUUGCUGUUCUGAAUGUGGCAAAAGAUUUCACUAUAACUGCAAUCUUCAGAACCAUGCAAGAAUUCACACAGGAGAGAAGCCUAAUUGCUGUUCUGAAUGUGGGAAAAGAUUCUUCAGUAAAAGCGGCCUUCAUAAUCAUUCAAAAAUUCACAGUAUGGGAAACCCAGUUGCUGUUUUAAAUGUGGUAAAUGAUUCUCCCUUUUAAAUAAUUACCAUAGGCUCUUAAGAAUCUAUAGUGGAGAGAAGACUUAUUGGUGUUGUGAGUGUGGUAAACGAUUCCUAAACAGCAGUCUGUUUCAUAAUUAUAUAAUAAUUCAUACUAGUGAGAAGCCUUUUAGCUGUUCUAAAAGUGCAAGCGAUUCUCUGACUCCAGGAAUCUAAAUGACCACAUGACAAUUCACACUAUGCGCUUCAUAUGAACUCCAUAAGGAAGCACUAAUAGGGACAAUGCAAGUACUAUGAUGAGCCCUGGCAGCAAAUGUAAGAGAAUAACAACAGUAGACAUGCAAAAAUCAUUUUAUGAAACAAGCAAAUGGUUCCCUCCCACACUGAAAUUAAGUAAUCCAAGCCAUUUUGAGAAUUGAACCCUGAGAAAAAAGCUGAAGCUGUAUGCUGGAGGUUGUAACAGCCAGUCCAAAAAAGGUAAAUGUUAAAGGCACUUACGUUUCUGCUCAAGUGGAAUUCAUUUUCUACAGCUACGUAGAUUAUAGAAGACUUCUGUUUCCUCCCCUAUAAGAUGGCAUGUUAAUGAACCUCCCCAGUACUCAGCCUGUAUGUCUGAUGUAACGGCAGAUGAUCUCAGUUAUAUACAAACAUGAACGGUCAGAUUAGAUGAGAUUGUUUGGAGUGUUCUAGAGGCAUGUGGUUUUCUGAACGUAUGUUGUAGUUCAUGUUCUAAUACUUGUUAUUAACAGCGUAAAUACAUCAACUGAAAGAAAUAUAGCUAAGAUGUAUAAGCCUUAAAAUGAAAUGUCUUAAACAAGAAGUUAAAUUGUGUGUGUGUGUGUGUGUAAUAUUAAUUUUCUUUUCAUUUCGAUGUUGUGCUUUUGCUUUGAAUAUCACCAAAACUUAAAAGAAAACACUUGGACUUUGGGGAUAUGUUUUGUACACGUCGUACUCAAAGCUCAGAACCUUCCAGCAGGAUUUUUGUACACCUGAAGAAACGCAGCACCAUUUGUAAGUCAGAAAACGGUCAGGAGAAAUUUCAGAAAAGAAAUGGAUAAAGCUAAAGACCUGUGACAAACUAAUAGGUGUGAAAAAUUAUGUGCACCCCAUGAAUCUAUUUUAAACUUAUGCGGACAUAUAAAGAUUUCAGUUUCAUUUAAACAAGAUAAAGGUGAUGUAAUUUAAAUAAUAAUAAUAAUAAUAAUAAUAAUAAUAAUGAACAUUUCACAUUGCAUUAAUGUUCCCACCUUAAUAA